GCCAGACAGCAAAUCCUGACAAGGAAGGCUUUGCAUCUACCGCAAGCAUAGGAGCCGCCUUUCAUUUCAUCCUUUAUUCCAACUGUCUCAGCCUUAGAAACUGACCUGUGGGGAUUCCGUUGAUAGUUGUCCUGGGAUGUGCUGACUCUGCAUGUAGGAUGGAAUUUACUGCCGUCUUUUUUCUGUAGAUGUCUGUUUUGAGCAUUCCAUCCUCACCCACCGAAAUAUGAAGAUCCAGAAAAUCCAGCUCUCUAGCAGCCUGAAAGAGGUGGAAGAUGCGGGUUGCAACACUCUAACCCUGCCCAGGGGCCAUGCUGGAAGCAGGAAGCACGCGCACCUGGAAGCAUAAAUGACAGGAAGCGGUUGGCGCGCCCCCUGAUGGGACGCCAGCAUGGGAUGGAGCACGGAGGCAGUGUUGCCAGAGGACGCCACACCUGGCGGAGAAAGCAGCGGGCAGCGAGGCAGGAGAUGCUGGGGACGUGACAGACUGACUACAUGCAUGUGACCAUUACCAUUGGUGGAGCUGCUCAUGAUGAAGCAGAGGUUAUCUCUGACAGUCGGACGCUUCCGGAUCCUUUCCACCCAUGUGCUCAUCACAUCAACCUGAGAUAGAGAUCCAAAUUACAAUGAAGUCCAUAUUCUGUGUGGUGCUGCUCAUCAUGAUCCUACAUCCUGCGGAGUGCAGACGCUAUGGUCAGCAAAAUGGGUAUGGAGAUGAAGGAGACUAUGGUGGGCCGUCUGGAGGAGGAGGAGGAGGAGGAGGCUGCAGACAUCAAAAAGGAGCGCAGGGUGGAAUAAUGGGUCAUCUCUCUGAACUAACACAGUCAUUAGGCCUACCAAACCAAUUACAAGGUGGUUUUAUAGAGAAGCUCUUAGGCCUUGGCCAGAAGUUUGCUGGAGAUCCAGGAAAACUCCAAGAACAGCUCUUCGGACUGGCCCAACAGUUUGGGUUAUCGAGGGGACAACUACAAGAUCUGCUCUCUGGUUUGGUCCAGAAGUUUGGCUCAGUUCCAGGCUCCGGGGAUGGUACAAAGUGCCCAUUAAAAGGUCUUGCAGAGAAGUUUUUAGGUAAAGGGCAGAGAUUCGGCUCAUCAUCAGGAGGAUGUGGAGGAACACGCAAGAAAUUUGGUCAAGGAGCUGGAUCAGGCAGAAAUGGCUAUGGAUCAGACUACGAUGGAGAAGAGGAGGAAUCGGGCAGAGGUGGUCAAUAUGGAUCACAAUACGGUGGUAGACGAGGCAGAAACUCUGGACAGCGAAGGCGACAGCAAGAGCCCGAGGAUUAUUAGAUGCAUCCAGAAACUCGAUGAAUAAAGACGAGAAUCAACCGAGAGGAUCUUCUCCGAUGUCGUGAAGCAGAUAAAACCCAAAAGGCUGGCAGAGGCUCUAAACAAGCAAAAGCAGCGGCCAAUUCCCUUAUUAAAACCACAAAAGCCAGAUAACGACUCUAAAUAAAAAGUUAUAAU